CACCUGAAUGCUGAAUGCAUUAAAUUAGAGGAAGAGUUUAUACGUCUGAGCACAUACAAGGACUUUCUUGACACAGUGGCCCGAACCCUGCAAGAAAAUAAGGCCAAUAUUUCGAAGACGGCCUCGAAGAUGUCGGCCUCCCUGAAUGACACCAACAAGAAUCAUGUCGACGAGGCUGCUAACUCAGAAACAACCCUAGGUAUCACUGAACCCGACGGCAAUUCUGAGGAUGUGACUGACUCUCUCUCGGUGAAUGCCUUCUUCAAAAGUCCCCAGGACCUGGUAGACAUUUUGGCCGAACUGGAAUCCAACAAUCUAACUCUAAUUGAAAACGUCCAGGAACAGGAGGAGGCCUGUGAACGCGUGAGGGUAAAAGCAGCGCGGCUGCAGAAGAUUCUCAACAUGGAGCGGAACACUGUUGAUGCCCACAUCAGCCGCGAGAAGGAGGAAAUCGACAACCUCAAACGUGACGUCACGGAUAUCGUUGAAGCCAAGGACGCCAUCAAUGAGUUCAAUCUGCUGGAACGCUAUGAAAAGAUAUUUCACCUGGGUGGCAUCGACCAGUUCGAGAUGCCCUGGAUGCGUGAAGAGCGAAGUAAUCGCAAAGGUGGCCCAAAUGACAAGGAGGAACCAAAACCGACGGUGGGUGAGAUGCUGGAGAUCUUGCAUGACCAGAUACACAAGGUGUACAACAAGGUCUUCGCCUCGGAGAGUGGAGCUCGGCUAGACACUCUGAUGAUGCUUAAGGUGCUGGAGGUCACAAUUGACGACUUGUCACGCACUCUGUCUGGUUACAGCCGUGCUCGAGUCAUCAAGGCCAAGAAGAUUGUGGAUGAGCACAAUCGCUUUCUGGCGCGUCAACGACAGAAACAGCAGGAGGCACUGGCCCACGAAGCACGUCUUCGACGGGCCGUUGAGAAGGCUCGAGAACCGCCCAGAUGGCAUCGGGGACGUCGUAUUGUGGAGCGUUCAUGCCCACCAGAAAGUCACCAGACGCAGAAAGUGGAACAGGAACACGCAGAGACCGAGGAUGUGGAUGCCGAUCUGUUCUACCUCUGA